AUGUCCUCGGCCGCCAUCACAUGCGCUACGGACGUCCCCGUCGCCACCAAACGUAUCCAAACCAUUCGCAAACACGCAAGCGACGUGACCAAAUGUUGUUUUUCCAAAAAAUAUCAUCUGGCUAUCGGGUCUAGUGACCGGACGGUGAGCGUGUGGGAAUGGCGAUUCGGCCACGGUUUCGAGGAAAAAUCUUAUUCGCCACUUGCACACCACAAGUAUAUGGUAACUAGUGUACAAUUCGACGGAGAUGCAACCAUAUUGGCCACGUCGUCUUUAGAUGGAACCACUACACUUUGUGAUGUCGAGACGGGACGAAUUUUGCACACUUUUGUUCAAAAUAGUUGCGGUGGUAUAAGAUCGUCAUGCUUCAUGGGAAAUUACAAAUAUUUCGUAUCUGCUGGUGACGAUGGGACAAUGUGUGUGUGGGAUAUAUUCAGACGAGUGCUGGUUAGGACAGYAACAGCGCACGAAGAAGCUAUUUCGAUGAUAUGUUGUUCUUCAGACUUGAGAAUAAUGUUGACAGGUGAUACGACGGGGGUGGCCAAAGUGUGGCCAGUCUCUGAGCUGACCUAUACAGGUGAUACUUACGAAAAAAUUACGCCUCUGUAUGUGUUAUUCGACUGUCACGACAUGGGUGUGAAUUCCGCUGACAUAUCAACUAUCACUUCAAUAACAAGUAAGGGUAAGGURUACAGUGCGCUGACGUGUGGUAACGACCAUCUGAUAAAAAUCUGGCAACUGACUCUGUGGAAGAAGAACAUAGUUUCUCAUCAGUGUUCCGUUGAAAUAGUACAAUCGCUGAAAGGCCACUCAUCUACGGUGACCAGCGUAUGUUUUGGCGGAGCUGACGGAACGCUGUUCGCGUCCACAUCGAUGGACAAGACUACGAGAAUUUGGCAGAUGGUCGGGUCAAACAAUGCGGUUUGCUUACAAGUGUUGGAAGGACACACCCGUUAUGUUAACACUUGUGGAUUCUCUCAAGACGGUUCACUGUUUGUGACUGGGUCUAACGACAAGUCUGUAAUUGUUUGGGACGUGAAAGGCGAUUUAAAUUUAAACACCAAAUUACACGACUCGUCGGAGGACUUAAAGUCCGCAGUAAAUGUUAUCAAGCGUGACAAUAUUCAGGCAGAGGUGUUCCUAAGGGAAAAAUUAAGUACGUUUACGAAUKCAGUGAAUUCGUGUGACUUCAGCAGCGAAUGCAAAUACCUUGUGGCGGCCGGCGGUGACAAGACUGUCAGAGUUUGGAAUUUUGAUGAAAACGGACGUACUGAAGAAUGCAAAGGCUCGCCGUUGCGCGCCCACCAUUACUCGAUACAACAUAUGGCCAUCUCUCCGUGCUCGUCGUACAUGGCCACCUGUUCAUUGGACGGAAUGACCAUUAUUUGGGAACUGAAUACUCUAGAACAGACAGGUUCGUUACACACUGAGUACGGCGGGGCCCGAUCCUGUUCGUUUUCUGGCAAUUCCGAAUUGAUUGCGGUCGCUUGCAACAACGAAAUUGUGUUCGUGUGGAAAGUGGAAACAUUACAGCUAGUCGCGAAACUGUGCGGUAAUGACGAAGACGUCACUUGUGUAUCGUUCAGCCCAGAUUCUCGAUAUUUAAUGUCCGGUUGUGUGGAAGGACACUUUCGAAUUUGGUCGGUACAUCCGAAAAAGCACAUAAUAUCCAAAACUAGUACAAUAGUCCAAGACAAAGCGCACGAAAUCGGAAUAACAAGUGCUCAUUUUGCGUUCAAGAACCCAUCCAGAAAACCACGAUCGAUGAUGAUGUUAACUGGUGGCAGUGACGCCGUGGUAAAAGCCUGGAGGCUACUGGAGGACAAAAUUCAAUUCAAAAUGAAGUUUGUCGGCCACGGUAGUGACAUCACAUGCGUCAAGUUCCCACGGCACAUAACUACAUUCUUGGCGUCUACUUCGCUGGACAUGACAGCUCGGAUAUGGCAAACGAAAACUGGAGAUUGUCUGCAUGUCAUCGAUCCCAAAGACGGCAUUCUCACUUGUUGCUCAUUUUCGUCAAAUAAUAAAAUAUUAGCUACAGGGUCGCUGGACAAAGCGCUGUUUUUAUGGAAUUUKCCGUUGGACGAUGAAGACACCACGACAAUUAGGAAAUCGGCGUCAUUUGAAACACGCGGAGCACGAUUAAACGGCAUGGCUGAUGAUGACGACAAACGAGACUUGGAAGUGGCACUGUCUAAGCUAUCGUCAUCAAUUGAUAUACCCGACGAGUUCAUCUGUCCGAUAACGCAGCAGAUCUUCAGAGAYCCCGUGAUAUGUUCAGACGGACAUACUUACGAUAGAUCGGCAUUGGUGUCGUGGUUCCACCGAGGCAAAUUCAGUAGCCCGUUGACUAACGAACCGCUCCUAUCCAAGUCCAUGACGACAAACACCACCAUAAAGGAAGCGAUCUCAGUGUUUGUCCAACAAAAUCAAUGAACGAGGAAUGACUUAACGAAAUCAAUAGUUUUUUUAGUCACCGAUACCGACUCUGCAGUGUGUGUGUGUGUGUGUGUGUGUGAAUAUUGUCGACACCGUUCAUCGGCUAUUAAACAUGCACAUUUUCAAUUUUGGAAAUAUAAUAUUCGUCGAAUCUGAAAAUGAUUUUGUAGCAAUUGGUAAUACCUGUUAUAUUAUUAUCA